AGACAUUAACUCCCUCUCAGCUGGGGAGUUGAAGUGUACUCUGUCACUGUAUCAGUAAAUAUUAUUGUUUGUAAUGGAAACUGUACCUAAAGAUCUGCGAGGUCUUCGUUCCUGUCUUGUGUGUUCACUGGUAAAGACACUGGACAUGUUUGAGACAGAUGGGUGUGAGAACUGUGAUGAAUUUCUACGAAUGAAAAAUAACCGCGACCAAGUAUAUGACUGCACUUCUAACAACUUUGAUGGCUUCAUUGCCUUGAUGAGUCCAGAGGAUAGUUGGGUAGCAAAGUGGCAACGGAUCAACCGAUGCUGCCGAGGAAUGUAUGCCAUCUCCAUCACUGGCCGUCUACCGCCAACAGUUGUACGUGAGAUGAAGUCACGAGGAAUGAAGUAUAGGUCAAGGGAUAUGACAAAACUGUAAACAAGAUUCUUACCCUCGAUAUCACCUUCUAAUCCUUAUACUUUUUUAUAUACUCUUAAAGACGAAUGUAUUCCCUGCUUUUAGGCGCUAACAAGUAAUACAGUACUGUAAUGGUUUUA